AUGUCCAGCUCAGGCCUCACGAGACGCCGCGGCGCUGGCGGUGCUGGCACUCCGGUCGCCAACGACGGCGGCGAGGGCAGCAACGCCGCCUCCAGGACUAAUUCGUCCUACAACGUCAAGGAUAAUGGCCCCGAGACGAGCUACGAAAGCGGCGAGAACGGCCACAAGAUUGCCUUUGAUCCCCGAGAUAUGAGCGAAAGCGCCGAGCGCAGCAAGCAGCCGAAGCUGACCAUGAUGGAGGAGAUUCUCCUGCUCGGACUCAAGGACAAGCAGGGCUACCUCUCCUUCUGGAACGACAACAUUUCCUAUGCGCUGCGAGGAUGCAUCGUCCUAGAGCUGGCAUUUCGCGGGCGCAUCAGCAUGGAAAAGGACCCCUCGCGACGACGCUUCCCCCCCGCUGAUCGCAACAUUGAAGUGAUAGACGAUACUCUGACGGGUGAGGUCCUCCUCGACGAGGCCCUUAAGAUGAUGAAGCAGAGUGAAAAGAUGAGCGUCAGCUCGUGGAUUGACCUGAUGAGUGGCGAGACGUGGAAUUUGAUGAAGAUUGGAUACCAGCUUAAGCAGGUCCGCGAACGCCUGGCCAAGGGCCUCGUCGAUAAGGGCAUCUUACGCACCGAGAAGCGCAACUUUUUGCUCUUCGACAUGGCCACGCACCCCGUUGCCGACGGCGGCGCCAAGGAGGAGCUGCGCCGCCGCGUGCGCAACGUCCUGACGCAGCGCACCGUCGUGCUCGGCGACAGCCAAUUCUUGCCCGAGAGCCUCGAGCUCCGCUACCUGCGCACCAUCUGCAUGGUGUGCGCCGCCUACGCCGCCAAUGUCCUAGAGAAUGCGCUGUCGACGCUCGGCCACGAGGCCCGCGAGCGUGCGUUUGCCCAGACGGACGAGCUGCUCGCAGAUUACAGCCAAUGGCCCUUUGGCAAGAAGGCGACGACCAACGGCAUCGGCGCCAACCUGCCGCAAGUUAUUGGCGAGGAGAUGAGCAAGGCCAAGGACAGAGAACUGCAACUGGAGGUUGUGGCCGCGUGCUUGAGCGUUUUCACCCGUCUCGACUCGCUUUUGUAG